AUGGCAAGCUUAGCAAAGCUGGAAUUUGCUGCUUUAGACAUAUAUGGGAACAACUAUAUAUCAUGGGUCCUAGAUGCCAAGAUCCAUCUGCAGGCCAAUAGCCUUGGAAAAACCAUUGUGGAUGGAAGUGAUGCAUCCCCACAAGAAAACGUAAAGGCUAUGAUCUUUCUUUGCCGCCACAUUCAUGAAGUGUUGAAAAGCGAAUACGUGGCGGUCGAUAACCCACUAGUUUUGUGGAAAGCCUUAUGCGAAAGGUAUAAUCACCAAAAGGCAGUGAUCCUCCCAAGAGCCAGAUAUGAGUGGACGCACUUCCAAUAUUUCAAGUCAGUGUCUGAGUACAACUCGGCGAUGCACAAAAUUAUCUCCUUGAUGAAGUUGUGUGGCGAGAAUAUCUCUGAGGAGGAUAUGCUUGAAAAAACCCUCAGUAAUUUUCAUGUCUCAAAUGUGCUCCUGCAGCAACAAUAUAGGAAUAGUGGUUUUACAAAGUACUCAAAGUUGGUAUCCUACCUCUUAUUGGCCAAGCAUAACAACGAGCUUCAGUUGAAAAAUCACCAAUCUCACCCAAAAGGCUCAACACCAUUCCCUAAAAAUGAUGCAUCUCAGGAAGUGAAUGUCACCUCCUCUCAAGGCAGUACCACAUACGUGGGCGAGGAGGCAUGUGCGACUGCUAGCAAAGGAAUAGAAAAGAUCAUGGUACCCAUUCAUAUGGCUUGGGUCUAA